AUGGAGAUCACUGACUAUAUCUUCAAGGAGCGAGAGGAGGUGCUCCUUGUUGGGGAUUACAAUGCCUAUCGGGCCCAUGCCACUCGGAAGUUGCACAAACUCCGCAAGAAGCUGGGUCAGGCCACUGCCAAAGGCCGCAAGUACACUGCUAAACCAGCUGUGACCCCUGAGAACGUUGGAGACAAUGUGGCAUAUGUGCACCUUUUGCUUCUCGGGUCCGAACGAGCAUGGGCGCAAGCCAUGCAUAUGAAAUCGACACACUCUGCAGACCCAUCGGCCAAGGGAAUCUCUGGUGCUGCUCGACGUCAUAUCAUUUCACGGCUGAACAAGGCGACUGGCUACGCACAGCACCUUGUCUCCCUACUCCAUGAGCAAUCGGUCUCUUGUGCCAGUGACAUCGACGUUCUUGAGGCUCGUGCUUACCUUGCCACAAUCUCCGGUGCUUUGUGCUUGGAAAAGCGUAAAUGGGAACAAUGUCUUCAUGACUAUGCUAUCGCAAGAGUUAUCUACACGGCUCUUGGACAGCAAGUCAAAAAAGAUGCCUUCCGAGACCUUCUUACCGGAACUGUUGACCCGAGCCUGCGCUACGCCGCCUAUCAAAUGAAACUCCCCCGCUCUAAACCUACCUCGUCUCUAGCGAUUGAAUUUUUCCCCUCCAACUCCGAGAUUCGAUCCGAGGUGGAGAAGUUCGACCCCUCUUGCCUUGCCGAGGAAGCAGCAGGAACACGGCGAACCGCCGAAGGUGAGGUACAGAAACUACCCGAGUCUGUUACCUGGAGAUCCCGUACAGUACCUUUGGAGGAUGCAUCGAUCUCCCAAGCAUUGGCCGCAGCCUCCGCUGCGGAAGCUCUGCUCGCUACUUGGUUGACUGAGGCAGGGCGAUCUGCCACAGCCAAGGACCAAGCUGCUGCGUACGACAAUGUGAUCAUUGCCAGCCAGGAUGCGGUUGAUGCGACCAAGACCGCCAUUGAUGAUCUAGCCAGUGAAGGUGUGGAUGCUGGAGACAAGAGAAUGCAGGCUUUGCAGAUUACUCGCACUUCGGUCAACUAUAGUUUGAUCGGAUGGCGAGUUGGCCGUAAUCGCGUGCUGUGCGGUGGAAAGGAUGGCCUGACUUUUGAGGAUGAGCAGGUCUCUGCCAACAAGAAAACCUCGAAGCAGAAUAGCGGCAAUGGCAAGAAGCUGAACCGAAUCCGUGAACGGGUGGUGCUAUAUGACUCGACCCUGCAAAGCUUGGAUUUCAUCCUCGAGUUGCCCGGUGUUGCCGCCGAUUCGGCCUUUGUUCAGGAUCUCGAAGCAAAGCGAAGCUACUUCCGCGCUCUCAGAUGCCUGGCCUUGGGACGCUCUCAUGCCGUUCUUGGCAAGCCUACUGAAGCGUUAGCACUCUUUGCGCACGCCUUUGAUCUUGUCCGGUCUGAGACGUCACUAUCCUCUAUUGAUUCCGAGGGGCCUCCACGGCUGAACGUUUCUCGGGUACAAGUGAGUGCCUUGACGACUACCCUCCAGGAAUUGGUUGCCCAGUAUCGUGGUCUUGCAACACUGGAGCGAUUCGAUACCAACUCUGGCGCAUCCCAACAACGACCUCUGGUUGAGCGCCUGCAACAGUUUGCGCCGGAAACUGACCUGAAGAACUUGGUUCCAUACCCGCCGCAGAUGCAGCCUGUUCCUGUGAAGCCCCUCUUCUUGGAUGUGGCAUGGAACUACAUCGAUUACCCACGCAGCACGAACGCGACUGCGAACCCAGACUCGGCGCAAGCAGCUGCUCCUGCGCCCGAAGAGAAGACGAGUCGGGGUUGGUUUGGCUUCGGUCGGUCAUAA